AUGCUCACCCUUGAGACCCUUGAUCCUCGUCCUCCUCCUCUUCCACCUGCCCCCGAUGCAGCAGCCAUCUCCGCCUCCCUCAUGGACAAGUUGCCGGUAGAAAUCCUCGCCAAAAUCAUCGACUGUAAGAGCCGUCGCAAACCCCUCCUCCCCUCCCGCGUUUCUCACCCCCGUGAGAAGGUGAAGCUGCAACUGGUUUGCAAGCAAUUUUUUGAUCUCGCCCGCGACAAUAACCUUUGGAAAUUGCACUGCUAUGAGCAGUCAUGGGCGGCCCUACAAUCCAAUCGUCCGGCAGGCCGGACCUCGGAGAGUCUUCUCUCAAAUUCGACCACGCCGUUGAGCACGCUAGGACAAAAUUCAUUGCGUGAUCUUAUCCAACCUCCGGCUCCGCCGUCGGGAAACGGGGAACUAGAUGAAGAACGAAGGCCUUCAGACAUUGCGCGGGCGGCCGCAGAUUGGGACUCUUCGGCGGAGGGAGAACAUGUGGAUUGGUAUUCGGAAUAUAUUGCUCGGCAUGGACCGAUGUCAUUAUCAUGGGUGCAGCAGCCUAUGCGAUCCAAUGGCCAAGGCCGGAGGAAACAGCCAUUUGAAAUCAAGGGCAUGGGCUUGUUGAAAGAUUGGAGCUCUGCGAGAGAGAACAAAAUCGUGGCUCCUCUUGACGAUGGCACGGUCUGCAUUUGGGAUCUCAAUCAUUCCCACCGCGUCGACUCUCAGUCAUCCAAAGGCAAAAUACUCGGGAUGAGUGAGCCAGGUGUUCUCAUGACCAAUCGUUCUGGACGCAGGGAGCUUUCGCCUUCCAAGUCUGCGUUGGAAUUCAUCAAUCUUGGGGAGGGUGUCUCUGUAGACUCAUUUCGGCGAAGAGCCUACCUUGCUGUGGGCAAUGUCUUGAACGAGGUUGACUUGGAGACACUUAAAAUUGUCUCGCAGCAGCGAUACCCUUGGUCGAUCUUUGCUCUCUCGCAAGAGACCGAUUACUCUGUGCCACUGACACUAGCGACAACACUUAGUUUGCAGAUUCAUGAUGCCCGGCUAUCCGCAACAGAAGAAGAGGAAGCUAUCAGCCUACGGUGCGAGAAGAACAUGGCGCCUUUGGUACCCGAGUUGGAUAUCUUUGCUCAUCCAGACUCGCCAUUACUACAACUACAAGCAAAUGGGCAGCCUCCAACACGCAUCCGCAGUCCUGAUCCUACAGCUAGGGAGAAUUAUGCCCCUCUCUUCCAGCCCGGGCCACUCUCCAUCCUACACCCUCCCGCACCUCAUGUGAACUCCAUCCUUCUUGCGGGCCGAUUCCCCAGUAUCCUUUGCUAUGAUCGGCGGUUCUUCCCCCGACUGCAAAGCACCGUGCACUCUGGAGGCCGGUUAUGUGGCCUUGCCUCGGCUCCUGCACCCCGAUUUCCCGUCUUUUCAGACUCGACAUACCCCCAGUCUCACACUGUCGUCGCGUGUGGCGAAUACAACGGUCGAGGUUCUCUAGAAUUGUACAGCUUGGAGUCUUCAUCACAAGGAUUUAAUGACGACCCGUCUAAAAUGACGUCGCAAUUAACACCACAUUAUAAGAAUCGACAAAGUGCAGCCAGUUCCAAACUGCUCUCGGUCGCGUCUCAUGGGAAUCGCCUCGUCUACUCCGACUCCGAGGGCAAUAUCAAAUGGGUUGAACGCAAUGGCCGAGCAGAAGUCCGCCGCUGGAAUAUCAACACUUUCCACCCCCAAAUUCCAUUCUCGCGAUCCAGUCACACACCGAUACCGGGACAGCCAAACGAAGAGUCCAAUGCUCGUGGACUAUGGCCGGACUCAAACCCGCAAAACAAUAGCAGUGAAGUGGCACGCAAGAUUCUACCUACAGGAGGGAACUUGACCGGCGACGAGCUGCUAGUAUGGACUGGAGAGCGCAUCGGUCGUAUCAAGUUCUCUAUACCCGCGGACCUCGAUGGUGUUGUGGUAGACGAUGAGGACGAGUGGUUUAUGAAGGCCGAGGUUGACGAAGAGACCCGCGCUGCCAUGCGACAGAAACAUCGUGACGAAUGGGAGAAGGAGCAAAGAUACGAGGACAUGAUGCGUCGGGCACUCGAGCGACAGGCGGAUGAAGUCCGAUGGAUGGGCACGGAUGGCAUGAGUUGAUCUCGAUCUUUCUCGCCCAAUUUGUGACGAUACUUCCCUUUGGUCACAUCGUGUGACCAUUUCUCUUUUUUAAACUAUCCAACCUUGGCAUCUCAUCGCAUGACUGUUAUAUUCGUGCGGCUACUUAGACGUGACAAUUUUUUUCAUUCGGAAUUUAAGCGGAACGUAUAUCGUGCCUCGCAUUACUCUACG